AUGGACAAGACAAAUUUCACUCAAGUGAAAGAGUUCAUCCUUUUGGGGUUCACUGCCCAGGUGGGGUUCCAGUUGGUGCUCUUUUUCAUCUUCCUCACUAUCUACAUCAUCAGUCUCUUAGGAAACCUCUUCCUGAUAUCUCUGAUCUGUUCUGACUCCCGGCUCCACACACCCAUGUAUUUCUUUAUUGGAAACCUGUCCUUCCUAGACCUCUGGUAUUCAUCUGUCUACUCCCCCAAAAUCCUGAUGACUUGCAUCUCUGAAGACAAAAGCAUCUCCUUUGCUGGCUGCCUGGCUCAAUUCUUCUUCUCCGCAGGACUGGCCUACAGUGAGUGUUACCUCUUGGCGGCCAUGGCCUACGACCGCUAUGUGGCCAUCGCCAAUCCUUUACUCUAUUCCCAGGCUAUGUCCUCCAAGUUAUGUGUCGGUCUUGUAGCAACUUCCUACUUCGGUGGAUUUGUAAAUUCAACCCUCAUCACCAGCGAGACAUUUACCCUGAGCUUCUGUGGCGACAACAUCAUUGACGAUUUCUUCUGUGAUCUGCCCCCACUUGUGAAGCUGGCCUGCAACGUAAAGGCGAGCUACCAGGCUGUGCUGUAUUUCAUCCUCGCCUCCAACGUCGUCACGCCUACCGUACUCAUCCUGGCCUCCUACCUGUUCAUCAUCGCUGCCAUUCUGAGGAUCCCAUCCACGCAGGGCCGCCUCAAAGCCUUCUCCACCUGUGGCUCUCACCUGACGGCUGUCACCUUGUACUUCGGUUCCAUUCUCUUCAUCUACUCUCGGCCCAGCACUAGUUAUACCCUGGAACGGGACAAAGUGGUGUCAGUGUUCUACACCGUGGUGAUCCCCAUGUUGAACCCGCUGAUCUAUAGCUUGAGGAAUCAAGAUGUGAAGGAGGCCUUGAGGAAAAUGUUAGAGAGAGCCAAGUUUUCUCAGAUGGGACGAGUUGGGUAA